AUGGCUACCAGUCAUCUGCAAUACUCCGUCGACCAGGAGAUCGCUCACUUCUUUGCGAAGACUUCAGCGAGCCGCUCGGCCUGUGAUACCUAUGUGAAGGAGCACCUUGGAGGCGAUAUCAUUCCAGUAGCUGUGCAAGGCGUCUGCAGUUACACCGUCUAUGCUGGGCCCAAGGGCGAAUUCGUCGCUCAGUUUCGUCUCAAGUCCCUUCAGCUGAGAAUGGAGAUCGUGAAUCUCGCUCAAACCAUAUAUGGCCACUUUGUACCUCAGGUUUCCUUCAGGGGGCAGGUUGGAGAAAGUGCCGACGGAAAGGAGCCUCUCUACAUCUACGUCAUGAGCCGGAUACGUGCGAUUAGCUACCUGGAUUUUCUCCUGGCACAGAACACUCGUGUGCCUGAAAACUCGCUCAAGUUCUCUUCGUGGCGAAAGAAUCUUGUAACUGACAUAGCAAAAUUCUUUGCUCGCUCGUGGAACGCUCCGCAGGAUGUCGAACAAAAGUACCGCGACUGCCUUAGCCAUCAAUAUGAGACGGAACUGCAAUUACUAUUUGCCUCUCUCCCUAGCCGCUUCCACCCAUUCAUCCAGGAGACUCUCAACUUGUUACCAGCCAUUCUUUCUCUCCCCAUGGUGCUCCUCCAUAAAGACUUUGGCGUCAGCAAUAUAUUAGUAGACGAAACGACUUGCAAUCUAGUUGGGGUAGUUGAUUGGGCCGAGGCUGAGGUUGCGCCAUUUGGCCUCGACCUUCACUCUCACGAGCUACUGAUAAGCAAGGUCCACCUCAAGAGUGGGCUUAUCAGAUACGACGACUACGGCACUUUAGAGGAGCUGUUCUGGAGUACAUUCAAACAGGAGGCUGGAGGAUUAAGUAACGAAAGUAUCAGAAUCAUAAAGUUGGCAAGACGCAUGGGCCUGCUGCUCUCAUACGGCUUUACGGGUCGUUUUGCAAAUAUGCCGAAGCCAGUACCUAUCCAGGACGAUGAAAAUGGGGCGUAUAACAUGCGCCUUCUAGAUGGAUUGUUGAUUAACCCCACAAGAUUUAUGGAACUGCGUGACUAA